AUGAUUAGAACAGUUAAACCAAAGAACGCUCGUUCCAAAAGAGCUUUGGCUAAAAAGGAAGCUAAGUUGGUGGAAAAUACCAAAUCCGCCCUUUUCGUUCCUGGAUCCACCAGUAAUAAACUUUUGCAUGAUGCCAUGUGUGAUUUGAUGGCACUUAAGAAGCCUCAUUGUAAGAAAUUCUCAAAGAAGAAUGAGAUCAGACCAUUCGAAGAAGCAGCCGAAUUGGAAUUCUUCUCCGAGAAGAACGAUACCUCAUUAAUGGUAUUCUCAUCGAACAAUAAGAAAAGACCUAACAACUUGACCUUUGCCAGAUUUUUCAACCACAAGGUAUACGAUAUGGUUGAAUUAUCCAUUCAGGCUGACGACUGUAAGUUAUUGCAAGACUUCAAGAAAUUGACUUUCACCAUAGGUUUGAAGCCAAUGUUUGUAUUCAACGGUCCAGCAUUCGACCACCACCCUGCUUUCCAACAUAUCAAGUCCUUGUUUAUGGAUUUCUACAGAGGAGACGAGACAGACUUACAAGACGUCGCAGGUUUACAACAUAUCAUAGCAUUAUCCACUGGUGAAAUAGAAGACCCUAACUCUACUACCUUGCCAAUGUUACACUUCAGAGUAUACAAAUUGAAGACUUACAGAUCCAACCAAAAGGUUCCAAGAGUAGAAAUCGAUGAAAUUGGACCAAGGUUUGAUUUCAAGAUUGGUAGGAGAAUCUCUCCAGCUCCGGAAGUUGAAAAGGAUGCCUUGUCUAAGCCUAAGGAAUUGGAAGCCAGAGUUAAGAAGAACGUCAAUACUGACUUCAUGGGUGACAAGAUAGGUAGAAUCCACGUUGGUAACCAAGACUUGGGUAAGUUGCAAACCAGAAAGAUGAAGGGUUUGAAGGCUAAGUAUGACCAGGUUGAAGUAGACAAUGACGACGAAGAGUUUGUGAGUGCCGACGAGGAACCACAACCAAAAAGACAAAAAAAUUGA